CAACCGUUACGUAGCUAGUUCUGGCAAACGAUAUACCUAGCAUUUGGCUUACAUGAACAUAUUAUUAUUUCUAUAUUCUAUUGGAAUGAGUAAAUUGCACGACAUAUUGGCGUUAGACUCCCGGUAUACCGAGAGAUAGCUAUCAUGUAUGGUUUGGUUAACAACCAAUAGCUGUUCAGUAUUUCAUACUCCACCUUGACAAUUCUUUCUCUUUUUUAAAGCCUUAACCAGAAUAUGUCUGUGUUUUUAGCCCAAGUACAUAGUAAACGGUUUCUUUUCGCUGCAUUUAUAUUACUUUCUUGACUAUCACUCACUUCUACAGUCAGACGCGCACAACUCAUGGAUUCGGACAUACGAGACGAUGAGGCGGCUCACGAUGGCCAAACGGAAUCCACACCGCUAUUAUCUGAUUCUCAGCCGUUGAAAUCUGCUACCAACGAUAGCUGGGGGUCGGAGUUAUGGCUUCUCGCGCAGUACUCUAUUCCACUUAUAGCAACUUACCUUCUCCAAUAUUCAUAUAGCGUUAUCACGACCUUUGUGGCGGGCCAUAUUAAUGCAGACGCCCUCGCUGCCGCGAGCCUUGGUAUGACCACGAUGAACAUUGUUGGGUUCGCUACGAUUGAGGGCAUGGCUACUGCUCUCGAUACGCUGUGCGCCCAAGCGUAUGGCUCUGGUAAUCUUUUAAAUGUUGGGCUGCACGUCCAGCGGAUGUGGUUCCUCAUGAUCUUGGCCGUUAUACCUAUUGGUGCUUUCUGGGUUGUCUCUCCGUGGGUGCUGUCCAUCUUUGUACGGCAGCAUCAUCUAGCUGUCAUGGCUGGGAAGUUUAUGUGGGUUAGCUUGGUUGGCCUGCCCGGAUAUGCGUCGUUUGAAGCCGGCAAGCGAUUCCUCCAAGCUCAGGGGGAUUUUAGAGGCGCCAUGAUUGCCAUUCUUAUAUGCACACCCGUCAAUGCGUUCCUGAGCUGGCUCUUCGCUUUUAAACUUGGGAUGGGCCUCGACGGUGCUGCAUUGGGAGCUGCUCUCACUAAUAAUCUUCGCCCCGUCUUACUUCUUGCUUAUAUACUUUUACCGACUGGGAAGUGGUCACAUCAGUGCUGGGGCGGCUUCUCACGGGAUGCCUUCUCUAAUUGGGGACCUAUGGUGCGGCUUUCCGUUGCAGGUACUGCGGUCAACUUGGGAGAAUGGGCUGCUUCUGAGAUUUUAACUUUUAGCACGUCCUAUCUCAGUACAAAUCAUUUGGCAGCACAGUCUGUUUUGAUGACCAUCUCGGUCGUAUCCUGGCAUAUCCCUUUUUCUAUAUCGGUUGCGAUAAGUACGCGUAUUGGCCAUCUCAUUGGAGCCGGCCUUGUUGCGAGAGCCCGGCGCGCCGCCGUGUUAUACGCCGUAGUAUGUGCGCUCGUAGGCGGUACCGACGGCUUGAUCAUUUUCUCUCUGCGAAAGUACCUUUCAGUAUUCUUCUCAGAGGACCGUAUAGUUGGCGACCUCGUCUCCAAAACCAUGCUUGCCGUUGGCGUGUUCCAGAUUAUAGAUGCCAUCAUCUGCUGUACGAAUGGCAUACUUCGUGGGCUUGGCCGCCAAUCCGUCGCCGCUUGGGUGGUACUUGUCGUAAACUAUAUAGCCACCGUCCCCGUGACGAUAUGGCUAGAGCUGGGAUCUCUAGGUUUGGAGUUGAAUGGUGUCUGGACCGGGCUUGGUGGCGGUAUGGUGUUGAUCGCGAUCAUUGAGGGGCUCUAUAUGAAGACCUUGAGAUGGCAGGAUUGCGUAGCUAGCGUAAAACUAAGAGAGGGUAUGUAGGUGAUGAUUUACAUAUGGUACUAUAUAUCGGCGUCACGGACUUGCGAUAGCUGCAAUACAACUCUGGAUAAAUCCUUUCGGAGAUGGUCGAAUCGGGCAUCCUUAAAUACAGAGGCGGCAAAAUAUGGAAUCUAUGGUGAUAUACAUGUUAUUUGCCUUUGAAGGGAAAAUCAUGCAGAACGCAAUUG